GGACAGCAGGCAGUGGGUUUCGGGGUCUCUCUCUCUCUCUUUCUCUCUCUCUCCCUCUCUCCUGGGGUCCGGGGUUCCUGCGGCCCCGCCCCCUCCCCGCGGGCGUAGACAGGGUGGGCGGGACCGGACCGCGAGGAGCCGGGAGUCCGGAGCCCCAGCGCGCCUAGAGCAGGUGGAAGGCGGCCGACCGGACGGACGUAGGACUCCCGGCUCAGCCUCGGUCCUCCCUCCUUCUCCACCACCACCAUCUCCUCCUCCCGCCCAGCACAGCCUGCAGGGUACCCAAGCAGGGCAGGACCACUUCCUCGAGGGCAACACGACUUGGGGUGAGCUGGAUUCUCGACUCUACCCGCGUUCCCCUCACCUGGGAUCUUCAGGCAUCCCCCUGCCUGCCCCGCCCCCAAUCCCAUCCCCCUGGGGUGACGCACCCCUCUUCUUCGGUCCCCCAGCCGGCCUGGGUGUCCCCCGUCCCUUCGGUCCUGCCCUCUUGAAGAACUGAUCAGGCCUGGCCAAGACAGGGCUCCUACCCCUCUGCCCGGGCCCGUUCCCCCCGUCCACCGGGGAGGGAUGCAGCCACGUGUCCUUCGGGGCGUCUCCGGGCUCUCCCUCACCCUCCUGUGUGUGGGGCUCCUCUCUGUGAGGCACCGGGAAGGUCGGGGGGAGCCGGGAGAAGCCCGGGGGCUGGACUGGGGGACCCCCGGACACCAGAGGAAGACCCUUCCGGCGGGCACCGAGGACGACGGCGGGCAAGAAGGGACCGAGGGCCUGGCGCUCGGGGACGUGUUCGUCGCCGUCAAGACCACCAGGCGGUUCCACCAAUCCCGGCUGGAGCUGCUGCUGGACACCUGGAUAUCCCGGACCCGGAAGCAGACGUAUAUCUUCACAGAUGGAGAAGAUGAAGCCUUACAGGAGAGACUGGGGGCUCACUUUGUGGUCACCAACUGCCCCGCCGAGCACAGCCACCCGGCCCUGUCCUGCAAGAUGGCGGCUGAGUUCGAUGCCUUCAUGGCCAGUGGGCUCAGCUGGUUCUGCCACUUGGAUGAUGACAACUACUUGAACCCAAGAGCCCUGCUGAAACUCUUGUCCUCCUACUCCCCGGCCUGGGACGUCUAUGUUGGCAAACCCAGCCUGAACCGGCCCAUCCGGGCUUCAGAACCACUGCCCCAAAAUCGCACGAAGCUGGUCCGCUUCUGGUUUGCCACUGGAGGGGCCGGCUUCUGCAUCAAUCGCCGAUUGGCUACCAAGAUGGUUCCAUGGGCCAGCGGCCCCCGUUUCCAGAACACCUCGACGCUGAUCCGCCUGCCGGAUGACUGCACGGUGGGCUACAUCGUCGAGUGCAAGCUGGGGGGCCGCCUGCUGCCCAGCCCCCUCUUCCACUCCCACCUGGAGAAUCUGCAGCUCCUCCGGACCCCACAGCUCCCACAGCAGGUUACACUCAGCUACGGGGUCUUUGAGGAGAAACUCAACGUCAUCGAGAUUCCGGGUCCCUUCUCCCAGCAGGAGGACCCCUCCAGGUUCCGGUCCCUCCACUGCCUUCUCUACCCUGACACGGACUGGUGCCCGCAGCCGCUCACCCGGUGACCCCUGAUCCUCCCUGAAACUGAGGUCACCCACUGCUCCGCCUUCCCCUGGAGGAAAAGGGGCAAAGGAGUCGUGGCUGUCCGGCCGCCCUCGGCGUCCCCCCUCCUCCACGCAGCCUUCCGGGCCCUGGGCUCGGGGGCAGAGCCGCCCGGCCCCGGAGAGGCUCGAGGGCAGGGGACUCCUCCAUUGCCUCGCCAACCGAGAGGGCGGGAACGGAGGCUUUGCUGGACGGAUGGAGCGUUUCCCGGCCCAGGUGCUCCGAAGCAAGAUUCAAGGGGUGCUGGCGCUGGGGGCUUGAGGCUGCUUCACACCGACUCCCUGCCUCGCUGAACUCUGCAGGGUAGAAACGAGAGAGAGAGAGAGAGAGAGGAGAGAGAGAAAGAAAGUAGGAAAGAAAGAAAAGAAAGAUUACAGGUUUCCAACCCGGAGUCUGAUUUUCAAGGAGGUUGAGAAAUGUGCCUUUGGGGGGAAUCUCACCCCAACUACACCCAGCGGGUGAACUGUGCCCAAUUUUAGGUAGAACCCACUCCCCUCCCUCAUCCGUAACCUGCUGGCCAGGACCCCCGACCCUUCUGCCUUUCACCUCCCCCCACACCUCUGCAGGCCUCUGUCUCCUGGCCCUAGACACCUUGUUAGGAUAAAGGGAGAAUCAGCUGCCCGAGUCAGUUAAAAUGACCUUUCUGUGGCCAACCACAGACCGCUGCAUGCCACCCCCACGCUCGUUGUGGGCUGGGAAUGAAUCUGUUGUAUUGUUAUAUUGUACUCUCCCAAGAGCUUAGUACAGGGCUCUGCAUGCAGUAAGUGCUCAAUAAAUACG